AUGGUCGAUCACGGCAUCCGAAAGCGCAAUGUUACGACUCGCGAUCGCACCGGCUGCGUGACCUGUCGCACCCGCAGGUCGAAAUGCGAUGAAAGAAAGCCUCAUUGUAACAACUGCACAAGACUCAAUCUCGAGUGCGGCGGUUAUGCAACACCAAUCAAGUUCAAAGACCAGACAGAUCUGCUGAAGCAGAAGCAUGGGAGAAAACGCAAGGAAAAGGCACAAACGCCAGCUUCCAGUGAGCCAUCGUCAUCGUCGCAUGCCCCGGAAACUGUAGAGCCGGCAGCGCAGUCGCACCAAGUUGGUGGGUUAAUUACGACACCAGGAGACGAGACCUUCCACUCAGCCAACGAAAGCCACGAAAUCUUUGACGACUCACAAGAGUUGUCCCGCUAUGAGGCAGCAACAUCACUCGCCCUGAUAUCUGGAGGGGUUCUCCAGGAUUCUCCGCUGCCUAGCAAUCCAAGUUGUGUUGACGCGCCCUCUUUCUACGCGUCGUUUGGCGACACAACUGUCCAAACUGAUGAAGCGCUUGGUGGAGAGGAUAAUGACAAUACGAAUGAUGGGACAAACACCCCUUACGGGGACGUAGCCACUCUAAGCUCCACGCCGGCAUACCCGCGGAUGGACUCGCCUUUGCUGCGACAACGACAAUCAGAACAAGCGAAUCGACAGUUGACUUCAGUGCCAACAAUCCCAGUCGGCUUGUUGGAGAGCGCCAAGUUCGCCGAAGACAUGGCCGACCAUCUCGAUAAGGCCUUCUUCCACGCUGCACUGGCCCUAGCGGCACUGGACAUUUCUCAGGCAAGGCCAAAUGAAGCGCUGGGUAGCAAGGCGGCACUGCAAGCCCUUGACCACUUCGUUACUGCCCUCGGCACGGUACGGAUGGCACAGCUCGACGAUGAGGGGGUCGCUACAGGCUGUCCGCCGAACCAAGACAAUGCAAUCUCAUGGCUGGCGACUCUCUUGCUGCUGGCCAACUUUGAACUGCAGAGAGGCCAGAUGAAGUUGUGGUACAUCCAUAGCCGCGCUGCGGUCACCUUCUUAUCCCAACACCUGAACCGUGUGCAGGAUUCACCCGUGGGAGAGUCGCUAAUCAGAUCAUUCUCGAGAAUCGCCGCCCUCCUAGACAUCUUUGAUAGAGCAUACUCUGUACGAUACAGCAUAGCAUCCCCCGACGUUUCGGACUCCCUAAGCAGAUCACUAGUAAACUCUCCGCACUCGGCUGACAGGCUACUUUACAUCCUCCCGCGGGUCAUCAAGUUGGAAGAAGAGUGGAGGAGCAACCCACAACAUGACCUUCACUGGCGAGAACAAGCAGAAGGCCUCAUCCAGGAACUGAAAGCCUGGCGGAGGACUCUUCCUGACUGCGACGUGCCGCCUCUACACGAGCACACUGCAAGCCCUUACAACGAAGACGCAGAAGGGCCCGGCAUCUCCAUCAGACCCCUCAGCAUCCCGUACGCCCCUGAGCCCGUCAAGGCAGCAACAACCUUCAUGCACUACCUCGUGUCCCUCCUCCGCUUAGAAACCAGAUAUCUCCCAGGCGCAGUGCGCCAGCUGCCCCCCAACGCCAAGAAAAUUGUCCUCCUCGUCCUCCGCCUCGCAGCAGGCGUUCCCUAUGCCUCCUGCGCGGCCGUCAACACCUACUCCCACGGCAUGGUGGCGGCAAUGAUGAACUGCUACUACAUGUCCGAGGAGCAGGAGGUCAAAGACUGGGUUAAGAACUGGAUCGCCGGGUUCCCGCGCGAUAGGGAGGGCAUCUGGAACGUGCGGCACGCGCACCGGGUGUUGAGUUACGUCGACCAGGAGUACACUCGUCGCGGCUCGCGCUAUAAUUGGGAGAUUAUCAAGGUGCGACUGAUCGAUCUCGAGACGGACGCUACGCCGAGCGAGGAUGAGGAGAUGGACCCUGACAAAUUCUCGGUCGAGAUUUAUUCGCGGUGUAAGCGGGGCUGGAGCAUUGACUUUGUAGAAAUACCAUAA